AUGAACAUCAUUAAUAACAACAAUAACAACAACAACAUUAUCAUUUCUCGUACCAACGGUUCCCAGGCCUGCGCGGCUUGCAAGUACCAACGCCGAAAGUGCGCCUCCGAUUGCAUACUCGCCCCCUAUUUCCCCCACGACCGCCAGCGCCAAUUCCUCAACGCCCACAAGCUUUUCGGUGUUAGCAACAUUACCAAAAUCAUCCGCCACCUCACCCCGCCGGAAAAGGACGAGGCCAUGCGGACCAUCAUUUAUGAAUCCGACAUGAGAGCCAUUGAUCCCGUCGGCGGUUGUUACCGGAUUAUCCGGCAACUCCAGCGCCAGAUCGAGCAGAGCCAAGCCGAGCUCGACGUCGUUCUCCACCACCUCGCCUAUUGCCGCGCCCAGGCCGCCGGAGAUUCCGUUUCUUUACCGCCCAACAACGUUAACACUCACCGUGACGUCAUCGAUCAGACCGCUGCUGACGUCGUUGUUGUCAACAAUAAUUUUGGGGCGUUAAGGGAGGAAUGGUACGAUUACGAACAACAACCUUCUAACGUUAACGUUAAUGUUAACGUUAAUAAUGGGUAUCCUCAUCCUCAUCACUAUCCCCAUUACAAUCAGCCGCAAUUCUUGGUCGUCCAGAACAACGGCGGCGAUCACCGCGAUGAUUACCACCACCACCCCGUGGUGGACCAGACCAACGUAGCUGCUGCAUGGGAAAUGCAUGCACGGGAUUCCAAGCCGCCACCGCCGCCGUCUUCCGUCGUGGUUCCGGCCAGCCAACUUUCUCAGGAUACCGAUAAUGCCUGUGAUAGCAUCAAACCAAUUCUUGAUUUGUCAGGUUACGUAGAAGACCUCAAUUUCGGCCCCGAGGAAACCCUUGAAGAAAGUGAAGAGGUUCUUGUAAAGGAGCAAGACAAAACUGCUGCAUUGAACGAAGAGGAAGAAAGUCUUUCCAACAUGCUCAAGAUCAUGAUCUAA